AACACAUUAUUAUGCUUAUCAUGUGAGUUUUCCUUUCAAUACUCAUCCUCUCUACCAAGAAUCAGAAUUCCCUGUGUAUUAAGUAGUGUAACAUGUGUCAUCUCCAGACUCCAAUCCAUCCUACUACUUCUUCCCUUUCCUUAUCUCUGUGGUGACCGGUGAAUAGCUGACUUUUGCCUGUAUAUGUUGCAUAACGUGCACACAAAGUGCAAAGAAAAUAUUUUAAGCUUACCUUCUCAAGCCAACCCAACCUAUCCAAGAAACUUCCUGUACAAUUGUUCCCACCGUCACUUUUGUCCAUUCUUCUUCGACCUUAUUCUUCACACCUUUAAAAUUAAGAUAACUAACAUUCUUUCCUCCAUAUAAUACCCUGCAAUUCUUUCUGAAUCCUCAUCAAAAACAUCUCCUUAUGCUGUCUAAAACCUUUCAACCAUGGUUGUCACUCUAAUUUUCUUUCUUCUAACCCAUCACUUUGUGAACUCAGAACCAAUUAGCAGAGAUGAUUUUCCAGCUGGGUUCGUUUUUGGAACUGCUUCUUCUGCUUUCCAGUUUGAAGGGGCUGUGAAUGAAGGAAAUAAGGGAGCUAGCAUAUGGGAUACUUUUUCAAGGGAACCAGGAAGAAUUUUAGAUUUCAGCAAUGCAGACAUGGCUGUUGAUCAGUAUCACCGUUUUAAGAGUGAUGUAGACUUGAUGAAGGAUUUGGGCAUGGAUGCUUAUAGAUUCUCAAUAUCAUGGUCAAGAAUCUUUCCAAAUGGAACAGGAGAACCUAAUGCAGAAGGAAUAAACUACUACAACUGCCUCAUAAAUGCUUUACUGGAAAAAGGAAUCCAGCCUUAUGUAACUCUAUAUCACUGGGAUCUUCCACAGACACUUGAAGAUAAAUAUGAAGGAUGGUUGAACAAACAGAUAGUAAAAGACUUUGAAUAUUACGCCUUCACCUGCUUCAAAGUUUUUGGAGAUAGAGUAAAGCGCUGGAUCACCUUCAAUGAACCUCGUGGUUUCUCAAUCCAAGGUUACGACUUAGGUAUUCAAGCUCCUGGGAGAUGUUCAAUUCUUGGUCGUCUGUUCUGUAAGAAGGGAAAAUCAUCCACUGAACCAUACAUUGUCGCUCACAACAUCCUGUUGUCUCAUGCUGCUGCUUAUCAUAGUUACCAGCUGCAUUUUAAGGAAGGACAAGGAGGCCAAAUAGGAAUAGCAUUAGAUGCCAAAUGGUAUGAACCCAUAUCCGAUACUGAUGAGGAUAGAGAUGCGGCAUACAGAUCAAUAGAUUUUGGGCUUGGAUGGUUCCUUGAUCCACUUCUGCUUGGUGAGUACCCUCUUUCAAUGAAGAAGUUUGUUGGUAAGAGAUUACCAGAGAUUUCACCUGCAACCUCAAAAUUCCUGCUGGGAUCCUUUGACUUUCUUGGCAUAAAUCACUAUACCACAUUGUAUGCCCGGAACGACAGGGCUCAGAUUAGAAAAUUGAUAUUGAAGGAUGCUAUAGCUGAUGCUGCUGUCAUUACAACCCCAUACCGAGGUGGAGUUGCCAUUGGAGAAAGAGCAGCUUCCCGUUGGAUACGCAUAGUUCCAUGGGGCAUCCGAAAGUUGGCAAAUUAUGUGAAAGAUAAGUAUGGGAACCCUCCAGUUAUUAUAACAGAAAAUGGUAUGGAUGAUCCAAAUAAACCUUCUAUAGCUUUAGACAAGGCUUUACAGGAUGAUAAGAGGAUAAGAUUCCACCAAGACUAUCUCUCAAACCUAUCUGCUGCUAUAAGGCAAGAUGACUGCAAUAUACAUGGAUACUUUGUCUGGUCCUUGCUUGACAACUGGGAAUGGAACUUGGGAUUUUCAGUACGCUUUGGACUCUAUUAUGUGGAUUACAAGAAUAACCUUACAAGAAUUCCGAAAGAUUCUGUAAAAUGGUUUAGAAGUAUCCUCAGAGUAAAUGGUGAUCUAAACAAUCAGAUUUAAGUUUUUGUUCUCACAUACCAUAUGACACACAAGUUGUACCAUGCAUUAAAAGGUACAAAAGGAAAAUUCAAUGAAAGGAAAAGAGCAAAAUUCGUUGAAGACACA